CUCUUUCUUUCCACCUCCACCUUUCCCAGCAUUAGAGCUUACUCCAGAGAGCGAGGUCUUCACAUAAUGUGUUGGAAGUAGGAUAAUUACUAGCUGUAAAAUGGCCUCUGUCAAGCCAAUGGCAGUUCUUUCUGGUUGAGUGACAAGGGCAGAAAACAAGCCACCUAGGUGAUACUAUGUGCAGCUAUGGGAGCGCCUCAAUCAGAGCAGCUGGAAGUAACUAAGAUGUAUUAACAUUAAGCAGAUGAAUUAAUGAGGUAGUUCCAUCACACUGAGUGUGGUUUUUUUUUUGGCAAAGUCUGCUAAGCCUGGGCUACAAAAUUCCAGACGGUAGCAAGGAAGAGGUACAACCCUCAGUAUUCUUUGCUGCCAUCUAGUGGUCGUCUGGGUUUUAGAGGCCUAGAUUUCUUAGCCCUGACACAACAUCCUUCGCGGAACCCGCCAUUCCAUAAAUGCCACUCCGAGACCAGGGACGUAGAGAUGACUCCACACGGUCUCUCUGCGCAUGCGGAUCUCUGCGCAGCCAAGUACGCCAGCCCGGUGGAAUUAAGAAGGCCCCAGGAACGGAGUGAGAGCAGUGGAGAUUGACGGCCAGAGCGGCAACGCCGGCCUUUUUGCCUUCUCGCCAAACGGCUGCUCUGUUUAAAGGCGUCAGUUCCGAUUCCUGGUGGGCAGGCUACAGGAGGGAAGGAUGGUAAAGGGGGACAACGAGGUCGCGCCCGAGCCCGAAUUCCCUGAACAGUUCCGUUCCUACUCGGAGAACGAAAAACACUGGCAAGCGCGGCGCGCUUUCAUCCUGCGCAAUAGCCCGCUGGAGGGCGGGGAGGCUCCCACUCCGCUGUGUAUGGACCAGCUGCUCUCCCUCUCCAUGGUUUGGGCCAAUCAUCUCUUCCUGGGAUGCAGCUAUAGCAAAGAUCUAUUGGAGAAGGUGAUAGAAAUGGCAAACGGAAUUGAGGUUGAAGAUGUGCCACAUUUCACAACUCGUGAUGAGUUAAUCAAAAGAAUCAACACUAAUACCUAGGAGAAGAAAUGCCAGAGUUUUUACAAUACAAUCUGUUUAUAUUGAAGCCUGAUCUGGAUACUUCAAGCAUCACUUCUGAGAUGCAUUUUAGAUUAGACUGUUUUUAUACUGGAUGCUUAGAGAUUAUGUACAGAUUUUGAUUAAUAAAGAGUGAAGAAAAGAAAACUAG